GAGCCUCACAGCCUCACAACUACAAACCCAAGAGGCCAGCAAGAACCAGCUAUAGGAGAAGAAGCUGAGAACUUCCAAAAGUCUUCCUACUGGAGAAGCACCACGAGAACUAUCUAGCCUGACCUGAAGAGCAGCCUCGCAAGAGACCUCGAGUGAUCUGAGAUACUGUAACUACCAGCAAAGGACAGGAGAUAAGACAAGAGCAGCGAUGGCCAUGUCCACCUCCGAGAGCAUUUUUAAGGACGACCCCUUCUUCAACGAGGCCCGGUUCCUGCUGCCCAUGCAGCGCAGCAGCCCGCUGUCCAGCCGUCUGAUGCCGGACGUGCGGAGCCUGAGGGAGGACUUCUUCUCCCGCCGCGCCCAGCUGGUGCAGAGCCUGCGCAGUGAGAUGAGAAGCAGCCUGCUGAACGAGCUGUGCGACGGCCUGCCCGCCGGACUCUUCCAGACCCUGGACGCCCUGCGCUCCUCCUCUUCCUCCCCGUCCACCUCCUCCUCCUCACCGGCCCCCUCCUCCUCCUCCUCCUCCUCUCCCUCGCCCUCUCCGGCCUCGCCUCCCACCAGGGUGGUGUCCACCGCCGUCCAGCCCAUCGGCAAGCAGGACUCGGGGCCGUUGGUCAUCAACACCCGGGGCUUCUCGCCGGAGGACAUCCGAGUGACCGUGUCCGGGCGCCAGCUGGAGGUGAUGGCCACCAAGCGGGCGGAGGCGGCGGACUCGGCGUCCACGGCGUCAGCGGCCGGCUGCUGCAUGGCCUCGGCCGCCAGCGCCCGCCAGCAGGGCUUCAUCCAGCGGGUGCAGCUGCCCGAGGGCGUCGAGCCGUCCGACGUCACCUGCUCCAUGGGGGAGGACGGCCUGCUCCGCAUCGAGACCCACCACAGCAGGAAGGAGGCGCUGGAGGAGCCCAAGGAGCAGGAGGAGGUGAAGGAGGCGCUGGUGGCGUCGGCGGAGGAGGCCGCGCCGGUCCGGUACCGGACCUCCCUGGACUUUCCCAUCACCAGCAGCUCAGCUCCAGCAGGCCCAGAGGUCACUUUCAACAAGUCACUGUAGGCACACAACGGGACAUUGAUUGAUCUGAUGUUGUUGAUAUACACAAUGAAUUGAUGUUUCUGUUCUAUUUUUUGUUGCCUGGACAUUUGUAUUUUGUAAUAAAUUAUUAUUGAAGUAUAA